AUGAAUAAUGAGGGUGGUCAGCAGCAACAACCAUUUCAGAACAGAAGAGCUUUUUAUGCUGUCCAAACAAAUCAGCCACAACAACAAUCUCAAAAUCAGGAUUUAAUGCCUUGGGAAACAAAAACAGUUUUAGAAAUGCCGAGAAAUGAAGAAUUUUCUUGUUUUUAUCCUCCUUAUUUCAGACCUGUCUCUAUGGCAAUACCUAUUGACAAAGAAACAUACGAUAAAGUUGAAAUUCCACUUGGAAUUACAAUAAAUCCAGCAUUGGUUUCAGACAUUUCAGUUAUAGAUUACUCAAAAUCUAGCAUACAUCGAUGUUCUAAAUGUGCAGCAUAUCUUUCUCCUUAUAUUAAAUUACUUACCGACGGAAAAUCAUACAAAUGCCCAAUUUGCGACGAAAUUGUUCAUGUAAACGAAGAUAUAAUCAGAUCUCAUGGCUCAUUAAAUAAUUUUCCUGAGAUAGCAAAUCAAGUUUACGAAAUGUUAGCGCCAAGGAAUUAUAUAAGUAAUCCAUACUUUACUCCAACAUUUUGCAUCAUAGUUGAUGCUGGAAUGUACGCAUUUGACUCAGGUUUUAUUUAUAAUUUCGUUGAAAGUGUCAAAACAUCGAUUUCUCAGCUCGAUGAUAGCACAAGAGUUACAUUAAUUGUUUCAACAAACACAAUAUCAAUCUUUGAUUUCGAUAAAAAAGAAGAAUUAACACUUCCAGAUUUAUCAGACUUAGAUUUUCCUCUUCCAAUGCCAACCAUGCUUGCAGAAUGCAGAGAUUCAUUUAAUAAUGCAUUGGAUUCUAUCCUUACUAGGAAACCAACUUCUGUUGGCAAUAGUUAUGGUUCAGCAUUAGAAGUAUGCACGAGAAUCAUGAAACUGACAGGUGGAAUCAUUAUAGCUGGCAUGUGUUGUCGUCCUCUUGAAGGUCCGCAUAAACUUGAACCAAGAUAUAUCACGACAAAGACGAAAGAAAUCGAAAUACUGAAAUUAAAUCCAGGAAAAGACUCAAGUUUCUACAGAGAUAUCGGAUUCCAGCUCAGUAGAUGCAAUAUCAGUGUCUAUCUGUUCUGUUGUGUUUGGAAAGACUUCAAUCUCGAUCUUGCUACUAUAGGAGUUCCAUCUGGUCUAACGGGCGGGGAAGUUCACUUUUACAAAAUUGACGAAGACGAUUACAGCAAGAUGAUGUAUAUUGAUAUUUACAAAACUAUUAAUAAUGAUUAUCUUUAUUCAUGUUCUUUGAAAUUAAGAGCCCAAAAAGGAGUGAAAAUUACUCGUCAACAUGGAAAUUUUUCAAUUCAAAGUGGAGAAUUAAUAUGGUUCCCUAUUUUGAAUCCACAACAUGCUGUCACUUAUGAGAUAGAAGUUGAAGAGUCCUUAUGUGUAAGGAAUGCCAUUUUCCAAGCCGCUCUUUUGUAUACAACGAAAGAUAAAAUGAGAAUGGUCAGAGUUUUCACUUUUGCCAUACCUACCACACAAAAUGCAGCAGCUGUUAUAAAGAACGUUGAUCAGAUGUCGUUAUCACUUCUCAUCGCCAAAUCUACUGUCUUCAAGAUGAUUGUUGAAGCACAAACAGAAGCCAUUAAAGAUCUUAAAGAAAGAAUGAAGAAAAUGAGAAACAGAAACAUUUUAUAUCCAUCAGUUAAUUAUCUCAUGCAUUCUUUCUGUUACUCAAAAAUGCUGGCCAUCAUUAUGAAGAGUGAUAAUAGAAUAUGCGAUGCAAUAUUCUAUAGAUCAAUUAAUAUCGUUAAUUUCGUUUUGAAGCACUAUCCAAGGCUUCUUGCAAUGUAUCCAUCAAAAACCGAUGAACUCAAAUUAGAUAACAGUGCUUUUGAAAAAGGAACGGUUUUCUUGGCACACAUGUACGAUAGAGUUGUCAUUUGGGUAUCUCCUGCAACAGAUAGGGAUUACAUUGUUAAUGCAUUUGGUGUUGAUUCAUUUGAAAACAUUCCAAAAGAAUUACCUCAAUUGCAAACUGAAGAAAGCAGACAAUUGGUUGAAGAAGUUAAUAAUUGCAACAAUAUAUCACGUUGCUAUUUGCCAUGCUCAGUAAUUAAGCAAGGAGAUCCAGAAGAAUGCAUAUUUGCUGAAAUUUUAGUUGACCAAAACUCAGAUAGAAGAACUCCUAUUGCCCAAUGGCUUGAUGUAUAA